GUUUAAAUUAAAAAAAACAAAAUUCUACUUAUUUACUAACAAAUGUCAGCUGUCAGAAUAAACAGAUUCCAAUAAGUAUUUUAAAAAAAAUGACAAUACAUAAUUUAUAUAUUUUCUCUAAAAAUGGAGUCUUGUUGUAUUACAAUGAAUGGAACCGAUUAAAUAAAUCGGGAAUUACUAAGGAGGAGGAAGCUAAAUUAAUGUACGGUAUGCUCUUUUCUAUAAAAUCUUUUGUCAAUAAAAUAUCUCCGCUGGACCCAAAAGAGGGAUUUCUUUAUUAUAAAACAAGCAAAUACUCACUCCAUUAUCUUGAGACUCCAUCGGGGCUUAAAUUUGUUCUCAAUACGGACACAAUAUCUCAAAAUGUGAGGGAACUUCUUCAGCAGCUUUAUCGGCAAGUCUAUGUUGAGUAUGUUGUGAAAAAUCCUUUCUGUAAAUUAAACGAACCAAUCCAAAGUGAGUUAUUUAAGACAAAAGUCGAUGAGUUAAUGAAAAAAUCACCUAUUUAUUUAAAUCGAUCAUUAUAAUUACUUAGUAAAUAAAUAAAAUCGGAGUUUUAAAAAUUU